AUGUCCUUCAACCAACCGACCCCUCCCCUCCUCCUCACAAAACGCCUCACCGCCUUCCUCGCCUCCAACCUCAACGCCCACCUGCACACGGCCCUCCUCGCGACCCCCUCGGGCCGCCUCCUCGCCCACGCCUCGCCGCACCCCGUCUCCCUCCUCCGCACCCAGUCCACCGUCGCCUCCUCCCUCUUCGCCCUCCACGCCUCCACGGCCCCGGACAUCCCCGACGCCCUCCCGACCUCCUCCUCCCUCUCCUCCCCUGCUCCUCUAGCGGAAGGAGCAGGGGGGAAACCGCUCACGAUCACGGUGCAGCUCGCGGCCGGCGUUGUUGUCAUCAGGAGGCUCAAGUGCGGCCUGCUCUUCGUCUGCAUCGGGCCCCUAGCGGAACACAUCGACGAGUCGACCUCCUCCGCCCAGCACCUCCACCACGGCAACGGCGAGAGAUCCGGCGGCGCGACGCCGAGCGCCGCGCCCGCGUCGCCGUCCGAGGUCGACAGCGUGCUGAGCGUGGGCGGCGUGACGACGGCGAGCCUGGGGAGCGUCGGGAGCGUGAACACGGCGGGCGUGGUGGUUAUGCGGCGGCACGCGGAGGACCUGGCGCGGUGGUUGGACGAUAAGCUCGGUAGUUUGAGGGUUCCCGAGGAAGGCGUCGGCGUGGAGUGA